AUCUCGGGCUGGCCUCCUGGCUCCUGUGUUGCAUGCGCGGCUGAGGUCCCCUGGGCCCUGCUCGCCCCCGUGCUCAGCGUCUUGUGCCAGGAGGAGAAACCAGGUGCCACGUCUGACAGGCCAGUGGGAUCAUGAUCGCAUGAGCUGUCGCUGGGGGGAUGCUGCGGGUGGCGCCGGCACGUGAAGGGCGCCCGUGAGCAGCACGCAGAGCAGGCCAGACAGCCAGCGACAGCCUUGAGGAGCCUGACCGCAAACCCCGGGAUGGUGGGAGCCAUUCCCCGACAGCCACGCCGCUUCUGGGGGGUGCCGGGGUGGCAGGUGUCUCCGGCGAGCUGUGCCAACGACCGUGCGCUGCGAAGCCACCAGGGCUACCUGGCUCGGCGAGGGGGUUGGCUGCAGAGUGAUGCGGUGUUGCAGUGUGCUCCGUAGCCAAAGCCCCAUCCGGACUUGCUGAGCCGGGGGUGGUCUGAGGCCCCCGUGACCUCGUGGCACUUUACCACCCCUUCCCUGCUACUUUAUGGGCUUUCCUGUGUCCGGCGCAGUGCGGCGCCCGGCCCAGUGAGGCUCCAUGCGGCACAUCCACGCGGAGACGCCCCUUCCCCCAGAGCGCAGCCAGGACGCAGGGCUGUCGCGGGCGGGUGGCGAAGCGGGCUUGGAGCCAGCCCCCGAGCGUUGCCCGCGCCGCGGCCUCCUGGUGGGCUACAAUGAGACGGAGAUUAAGCGCCAGAAGGUCUACCAGGUCUCCAUCUUCUCACACCUCUCCAGUGCCUCUGAGCCAGCCGGCGGGCGGGCAGCUGUCAAGAGGGGGUACACAGAGCCACGGGCUCCGGAGAGCACACGGGACCCCAAGCGGGCGCAAUGGGGGGCCGCAGGGACAGAGGGCAGGCAGGACGGGGUCCCUGGUGAGCUGCGCCCCAGCCAGGACGCGCUGGAGGACGAUGCCUUUGAGGAUGGGCUGCUGGUGGAGGAGCUGUCGCUCUGUGGCUCGGCACAGCACUUCUCCCACAGUGGCUUACGUGUGGUGGAGCACAGGGGCGAAGGCGGUUCUGGCCGCAGCGGGUGCCGGGAGAGUGGCUCCCGGGCCUGCCCAGAGGACAGACGGCGGGAGGCUGCCACUGCCUCCCAGCCACCGCACAUCACUCGCAGCACUUUGCACAUGAGAGAUGGCUGCCCAGCCCCCAGGGACAGUGGCUCUGCGGGGAGCAGCGAGCCCCCGCGCCCAGCCGGGGCCAGGGAGCAGCCGGUGGAGGAGAAUGGGGCCCCGCGGGCAGACAGAGCCAGCAGCCAAACCCUACUUGACGUUGACCUGCACCGUAUUGCACAAAAGCCCUGGGUGGACACCGGCAGUGGCAAGAAAGAGGAGCCAGGGAGCAGCCCUGCUUGCAGCAACGGGGCCGGCUCAGAAGGGGAGCCGCCGGCCGCGGCCAACGGGCACAAGGAGCCUGGCACCCCUCCGGCAGCCCCAGGCCCCGUGAACAACGGGCUGGGCUCGGCGGAGAAGACGCCGGGCGGGCGGCUGGGCGGGGGCAGCUGCGCGGCCAAGCGGAAGCUGCUGCCGGCUGGCGAGGGCGCAGCCGACUCAUGCUCAGAGGACGAGGCCCUGUCCCCACCGGCACGGAAGAAGCGGGCGCCGCUCUGCCCGCCGGUCCCGGCCUCCGGCCGCAGCACCGAUGCCAAGGGUGCCCCUUUCUGGAACCACCUGCUGCCCGGGGCCAGGAGCUCUGCAGAUUGCACUACGGUCGGGCGGCGGGUGAAGAGCGGGCUGCGUCUGAAAUCCAGGAGACACCUCCGCAGCAGCCUCCGGAAGGGGCCUGUGGGUACCCGGCCCUCCCCCACCGCCUGGGCUGCCACCUCCAUCAGCCGGGCCCUGCUGGGCAACUUCGAGGAGUCCAUCCUGAAGGGACGCUUUGCACCGUCGGGCCGCAUCGAAGGGUUCACGGCGGAGAUUGGGGCCAGCGGCUCAUACUGCCCCCAGCACGCCACCUUGCCCGUCGACGUCACCUACUUUGACAUCUCGGAGCACAGCGCACCCUCGCCUUUCCUGGGAGUGAUCGACUUGGAAGCCUUGGGAAAGAAGGGUUACAGCGUGCCCAAAGCUGGAACCAUCCAAGUGACCUUAUUUAACCCCAACAAGACUGUGGUGAAAAUGUUCCUGGUGACGUACGACUUCCAGAAUAUGCCGGCCCAUCACAUGACCUUCCUACGCCACCGCAUCUUCCUGGUGCCCGUGGGGGAGGACGAGGAGGCUGGUGCGGUGCCCAGCGACCCGGCUUGCGCUCACCCCCCCCGCAGGGUCCUCUGCUACCUGAUGCACCUGAGGUUUCACAGCUCCAAGUCGGGGAAGAUCUACCUGCACGACGACAUCCGACUGCUCUUCUCCCGCAAGUCCAUCGAGGUCGACUCCGGCAUCCCCUAUGAGCUGAAAUCCUUCACUGAGAUGCCAAGGAACCCCUGCUACUCGCCUCGGGCCUGAAUGGGGCUGGGCCAGCCCAGGCUUCUGUGUCCAGCACCUUGUAGAGACCAGUAAAGGGCAAGAGCAGAGACAGCUCUUCAGCCUCCGCCCUGCAGCUUUUGCCCCCGCCCCACCGAGCUGUGGGGUAGCCAGCCUUGGCAGUGGUCUCCGGCUGCCACUGGCCCCAGGGCUUUGCACGGUGGUGAGCACGGAGGGGUCAGGGUGAUGUGGGAGCAUGCAGACGGCUGCCAGGGUGCUGCCUUCCUCACCUGCCAGUGCUGGAGACAUCCCCAGGUCUCUCACAGUGCCAUGCCCUGCUGGGAUGGGGGGGCUCGGAUUGGGCCAGACCCUCCACUGUGGGGAGGAAGGGGCAGUGCGGGGAGCUGGGGUGCAGUAUUUAUUAGUAUUUAUUGUUGCAGGGGAGUCAGCCAUGGAUGGUGGAUGGCUCUGGGUCCAGGCUUUCACAGGUGCAAGGAGACAGGUGGUCCCAGAGGGGCCUCGUAGUGCCAUGUGGGAGGGAGCUGGGGGCAUGGGGCAUGGCCUCUUCAGCACCAGGGUGCAGGGAGCCAGGGCUGGGAUGUCAGGGUGGGAUCACAGCUGAGGCGUCUCAGUAGAAGGCAGGGGGCGAGGGGGCCUCUCCUGCCUCGCUGCCUGCAGAGCUCCUGAGCCCUUCGUCCUGUUAUGGGAAACAGGGAGGCUGCAAGGGCUGGAGCAGAAGCCCCUCCAGUGGCCCUGUCUUGAUGGGUCUGGGCCAUGCUUAGGCAGCUGGGGCUGAGUCCAGACCAGGAGGACAGGGCAGGAGCAGGCCGGAGGGAGUGGGGAGAAAGGGUGUGCACAGUGCUGCUGGGCUGGGGUCUAUGGCUCUGUCCCCACAGGACACCAUCUCUGGGGCAGGGAGGGGAUGGGCUCUCCCUGGGCAGGGCAUGCCAGGUGCUGCUGACUUUGGAGUGAGUGUUUGCUGCAAGUUGAACAGAGCAGGCCAGGAGCUGGGGGCAGGGAUUGCUGGUUAUUGCAGCAUGAGACCCACAGAGCCUGGUGCGGUGCAUAGAUGAGAUGGAGCGGUCAUGGCAGGCCUGGCCCCUGGGCAACAGCUGCUAGGAUGGGUCAGGGGUGGUAGUGGGGCAAGGACGCACGGGUGUCUCCCCCGCCAGGGGACAGGCAGCUGGGCUGCUCCCUCUGCCCAGAGGUGAGGUUUCCCCUCAGUCUGGGGGGGAAGCCUCUGGCCUGGCCCAUUCUGCAGGGAGCUGAGUGAAUCUGUGGUCAGAUGGACCCUCCCUGACCCGUGCUGCCCUGUGGGGCAAGCUGGCAGGAGGAUACAGACCUGGGGGCCUUAGUGCAGCCCCCGGGACCUGGUGGACGUGGAGCGAGGAGAGAGAUGCCUGGAGGCUGGCAGCAGGCUGGGGCCUCUUGAAGGAGGGGGAUUUAGGAUCCGUUUGCGGCAGAGUGGUGACCCGCAGAGUGGUGCCAAGGCCAGUCCUGACCCCACACGCAAGGGGCACGAGUGUGCAGGGGGUGGGAGCUGUGGGCUUGCAGAGAUGCAAGAGCCGCCGUCCCCUCGCAAGUCUUGGGGGUGUUUGUAGGGGGAGAAUGGGAAGUGUCCCCCCAACACGCCAGGGGUUGGUGUGGCCGGGGGUGGGAGCUCCUGCAGGCCUGGGUGGAGGUGGGAAGCGCAGAGAAAUCACUCCCUCCCUCCCUCCCUCCCCACUUCAGCCACAGCUCUCACUCCCCCCUAGGCCAGCUCUGGCCUGGGGCUUUGCACCCUAGUGCAGCGAGGUAGAUGCAGGCAGCUCCCCGGAGCCCAUGCUGAUCCCCGACACGCCCCCCAGUCCCGCUGCUGCUGGGGGAGAGGGAGGUGGUGUUUUUAAUCCUGCAUGACCAGCACCCACCUGUCAGCCACCGCCUCCCACCUGAGUCCACAGCAUCACCGAGCAAUGGGGCGCAUGUCAGAAGGAAGCCGCUGGGCCCCCCAACCCACCCAUGGAGGGUGGGAGCGGCUCCAUCCCAGCUACCUCAGUGCAGAGCUGCUGUCCACAUUUCACAGGGAGGCUGCCACGGCCGCCCCCACCCUCCCUCUCACUCGCCACGGGGCUCAGCGCCCGCGAUCUCACAUCAUUCUCCGGAGCCCGGGGUGGGGGGAAACAAACGUUUGCAGAAACUUGAAAAUAAUAAAAAAAACAACCCCCCCCCCCCCCCCAAAAAAAGUCAUGUUGUCCCUGGUACCUCCUCCUUCUUUUCUAAUUUAAUAAACGGUCGUUUGGAAACAG